UCGAGUUGUAAAAAUCAGGUAUAGGAGUCAUUUCCUAGGCUGGUUUAAUCACCUUAACCAAGUUGCCAAACACCAUCUAAUCACCAUACUUGAGUUUGUCCGGUCCUGAUCUAUAUUGUAUCUUAAGAUUACCCGUUUAUUUUGCUUGACGAAAGUUCUACAAAGAACAAUCCACCCAUCUUGAGCCCAAUUUCUUCGUACUUACACAUGCAUUACAAAAGAAACCAUAUCACUCUUUGCUUUCUCGUCAUCUAACUUAACUAAUUACUUCUUACAGUAUGACAAGUGCCUUCAAAAAUCUGAUUGCAAUCAACCCAAGAAAAAGUUUCAAAACUUACAUUGAAACAAGUGUACGUGUUUUGAAAAAUUUGUCCAAGGAAGGUCUGAGCACUCAAGGAAGUGUCCUUCAUGGCCAUUUGAUCAAAAUGGGUUUAUCAUCUGAGAGAUAUAUAGCCGUCAGAUUGCUCAUUAUGUACCUAAAUUGCAGGAAAAUUGCUGAAGUUAAUCAAAUUAUCAAGGAGUUUGAUGGAUCUAAUCUUAUCGUGUAUAAUUGUUUGAUUUCUGCUAAUGUUGACUGGGGAAAUCUUGAUGAAGCUCGCCGGUUGUUUGAUGAAAUGCCUGAAAGGAAUGAUGUCUCGUGGACUGCAUUGAUUUCGGGUUUGAUGAAAUAUGGAAGAGUGAAAGAAUCAAUGUGGUACUUUGCGAGAAACCCAUUUCAGGAUUUCUACUCAUGGACAGCAGCAAUUAGUGGGUUGGUACAAAAUGGGUUGAAUUUCGAAGCUUUGAAGCUGUUUCGGAAUAUGCUUGGAUCUGGAGUAUUACCGAAUGAUGUUACUUUUACUUCUGUUAUCAGAGCUUGUAAGGACUUGGGUUAUUUUGGAGUUGGGGAGGGUGUUCUGCCAUUAAUUAUUAAAGUUGGCUUUGAGCACAAUGUAUCUGUUUCUAAUUCUUUAAUUACAUUGUGUUUGAGGUUGGGUGAAAUUGACUUGGCUCGGAGAAUUUUUGAUCAAAUGGAAAAGAGAGAUGUUGUUUCUUGGACUGCUAUUCUUGAUUUGUAUGCUGAGAAGGGGGACUUGAGAGAAGCUCGCCGGAUCUUCAAUGAGAUGCCUGAAAGAAAUGAAGUUUCUUGGAGUGCAAUGAUUGCAAGGUACAGUCAAAGUGGAUGUGCUGAAGAGGCAUCGAAACUCUUCCGUCAGAUGAUUCAAGAUGGGUUUAGCCCAAACAUAUCAUGCUUUUCCAGUGUCAUAAAUGCAUUGGCCAGCCUCAAGGGUUUGCAAGCAGGGAGGAACAUCCACGGACAUGGUGUCAAAAUUGGGAUCGAGAGAAAUGUCUUCGUCGGUAGCUCACUUAUUGACCUGUAUUGUAGAUGUGAAAAAACUGAAGAUGGACGCCUUGUGUUUGACUCGAUUUUGGAGAAGAAUGUUGUUUGUUGGAAUUCUAUGGUCACGGGGUAUAGUUUGAAUGGUCAAACAGAAGAAGCUAAGGAGCUCUUUAAUCAGAUACCUAAGAAAAAUAAUGUCUCUUGGAACGCUAUGGUUGCUGGCUACUUGGAAAAUGAACAAUUUGAUGAUGUAUUUGUAGUAUUUCAGGAGAUGCUUUUGUCAGGUGAAACACCAAACAAAUCUACAUUCUCAAGCAUUCUAUGUGCUUGUGCAAGGAUAGCCUCAUUAGAGAAGGGCGAGUACCUCCAUGGGAAAAUUGUUAAACUUGGGAUGCAGUAUGAUACUUUUGUGGGCACUGCACUCACUGACAUGUAUGCAAAAUCUGGGGAUAUUGAGAGCUCUAAGCGGGUCUUCAAUAGAAUGCCUGAAAAGAAUGAGAUUUCUUGGACUGCUAUUAUUCAAGGGCUUGCAGAAAAUGGUUCUGCAGAGGAGUCUCUCAUUCUGUUUGAAGAAAUGGAAAGGAGUUCAGGUAUUGCACCUAAUGAACUAAUUCUUUCAGCAGUCCUAUUUGCUUGUUCACAUUGUGGGUUAGUUGAUAAAGGACUUUAUUAUUUUAAUUCAAUGGAGAAGGUUUAUGGUAUAAAGCCAAAUGAUAUGCACUACACACGCGUGGUGGAUAUGUUGUCUCGAGCAGGACGCCUUUCUGAGGCAGAAAACUUUGUUACAAGCAUGCCAUUUCAAUCAGAAGCUAAUGCAUGGGCAGCUCUAUUAAGUGGUUGCAAGACACAUGCAGAUGAGAGAAUAGCAGAAAGGGCAGCCAGGAAGCUCUCAGAAUUGGCAGAGAAGCCUGGAGGUUAUGUUCUGUUGUCCAAUAUUUAUGCUUCGGCUGGUAAAUGGCUUGAUGUUUUGAAUAUUAGAAAAUUAAUGAAGGAUAAAGGAUUGAAGAAAAGCGGUGGUUGUAGUUGGGUGGAGGUGAGGAAUCAAGUACAUCUUUUUUAUUCUCAAGAUGGAACUCACUCUCAGUCAGCGGAGAUAUAUGACACUUUAGAACUAUUAAAUUCUGAAAUGCUGGUUGUACAGAGGUACACAGUUUGAAGUUCAUCCGAAGUGAGAAAAAAAAGAAAAAAAAAACUUGAUUCCCAGAAUUUUUUUGGGUAAUUGUUGUAGUAAAAUAAGAAGACUAGUAUUGGACAUUGGAGAAGGCAGAUCUGGAUCAUCAUACAAGUGUAAACUUCAUGUAUUAAUUUACAGCUGUUAACUCAAUAUAUCUUCUUGUCUUCCAAUAGUCAGGGUGUGCCUAGUGGAAGAGCAUUUAUGUUAAAGAAGAUUAUUUCAGAUUACAAGGCUACAAGGCUGCAAAGCUGCCGUCAAUUUUUCAAUGAAGUGUAUAUGAUAGUUCACCCCAUAAUCCAGUGAUAUUGUUGGGUUGCUCUGCUGCUGGUUAGAAAGCAUGCUUCCAUAGAAAUACUAGUUGCAGAAGAGCCCGGAUGAUGUCGUACUUGAAGAAGGUCAAGGAAGGAUUCCAGACUGGCAAUAAAUAUUGACAGCAUUCGGGGUUGAAUGACAGAGGAUGCUGCCUUCACGAGGAGCUACCUUUAAAGGGAAAUUCUCAGCAUGGCACCGAAGCAUGUGAUUGAGAAUGCUGAUGCAGCAUGUCAUAUGUAGGUAUUGAUUCCGGAAGUUUUGUCGGCUAGAGAAAGGUGUGGCAUUUAGUUUCAAGCAAUGGCCGGGCAAUUUUCUGGCAAAGCUACCUACCACAGUACCACUGAAUGUGGCAAGGCAUAAAGGUUUCAAGACAUUACAAAAGCAACGCAGCCGAUGAUAUAUAGAUGUACUCCAUCAGUUGGAAAUUUCACCCGGCUCAUUUUGUUACAGGUGAUGUAUGAAAUCUGAAUGAAUGGAAAAUUGACAACAUGAUUGCUAACACAAUGUAACCUAUGCGACACUUGAUGGUUGUUAACUGAUGAAUGGUGUGACUAGAGUCUACUCGACCAUCGUCACCGGCUAGUUGAUAAUGUAAUGUAUAACGAAAGAUGUCGUUACUCCUCGAAGCUAUGAAUUUGACAAUGUGGUUAUGCCUAAUGGAAUAAUUUACUCUUCUUUUA